GUACACGCUAAACAAGUUUAUUUUAUUUUUUUUGCUCUCUGGAGUGAAGGGGCCAGUUUCAGUUUAUCGGCCACUACGCACUCAAGCUCCGUAUCAGGCCUGCAACGGGGUGGGAUGUGUGUAAACAUUUGAGUGCACUAAUGAUAUUGUGACAGUUUUUCUUCCUUUUCCAUUUUGAGUGUAUUUUGAAUGUGUUAAAAGCUUAAAAGGGUUAUUAGGGCUUACACAAGUUAUACAGAGUUAUAAGUUAAUUUGAUAGUAGGCUAUAACUUAGUUAAAUACAUUCAGAACAAGCAACUUAAAAUUGAUAAUACUGGUGUGAUACUGAAAAAAAGGUGUUUAGUUACUGUUAAAAGUAAGGCAAUCACAGAGGGUUGUUUUGAUAUAUUUUAUUUGUUUUUUGUUUUCAUUUACAUUGUCAAAUUCAAAUUCUUGAUUUAUUUCAUUUCAUUUAAAUACAAAGUUUCAAUUUCAUUGACAUUUAAUACAACAUUUAUUGGUUUAAAUGUUUAUUUGUGAGUGUGUGGGUUAUUGCAGUUUAAAAGUAAUUUAUAAACAAUUCCUGCACUAUAAGUAAAUAGACUGCUUGGCAUAAAGUGAUUCCUUGGAGGUUAAUUUAUAUUAGAAGACAGGGUUAAAAGAUCAUUUAGAAGUAAAAGAACUCAGGUCCUUAUCAAAAAACUCUAGCCUAUGCAAAUGGUUGGUGGAUAGGGGUUACAUAAUGGAGGCACCGCUGGGAUCUCCUGUCUUCUAAACAAAAGGUAAAAGAAAAAUGUCGCAGAACGAUUUUUUACGAGAACUUUGCAGCUGGUCUGCAGAUGAGAAAAUUGAUCCCCAACAUGCUAUUUUGCUUGUUGGUGUGCCAGCUGACACCGAUGUUGCGUUUAUCGAAGACACAGUGCAAACGGUCAAAGUCUUUGGGCGAGUACGGGCUCGCGCAACAAAAGAAGGCACAGUUCCUGGGACUAUUUUGGUAUUAUGUGAGUGCAGAGAGAAAAUCUGCCCCGCUCAGGUGCCAUAUGAAGUGUUGCCAUCCUCUGGGGAGACCUGGGAAAUUGUUGUGAUAAAAGAUGAGGACCCUAAUAUGAAUGCUUUUUCAGGGAGGUUAGCUCAGUUCCUAAAUAGGGAGGGCAAAAGCAUUACUGACCUUCAAAGCCUGAUAAACCCCUUGGUUUCAAAUGUUACAUCACCUGAGACAAUCAUUCGUGCCAUUGGGGAGUUAUUGGAGAAAACUAAGCCCACUAGCGAUGGUCAAGCCUACCGUCGCUUACGCAUAUUUUCUGGUCUCGAGCCUACCCCAGUAGGUGAAGAGAAUAGUGAGAAUUGGCUUGAACAAGCUAGAUUGAUGAUUUCAGAGUCAGACUGCUCCGCCAAGGAGAAGCGCAAACGUAUUGUGGAAAGUCUUAAAGGACCAGCAUUAGAGGUGAUAAAGGCAGUAAGAGCCAACAACACAGAUGCUACCGCCCUCGAGUAUAUUGAGGCUCUGGAGAGUGCUUUUAGCACCUCAGAGUCGGGUGAGGACUUGUAUUUUGCUUUUCGUUUGCUUCGACAAGAGCCUGGGGAGGCCUUGUCUGAUUUUCUACGUAGACAAGAAAGAUCGCUAACGUUAGUGAUCAAACGGGGAGGGUUAACUCCUCAGAGAGCUGAUCGUGCCCGUGUAGAACAGUUGUUAAGGGGUGCGAUUGAAUCAGAUUUGAUGCUAUUGAAAUUGCGGCUGCAUGAACGGAAAGAAAAUCCCCCCACGUUUCUUAGACUUCUCAAUGAGAUUCGAGAAGAAGAAGAAAACGAAGCAGCUAGACGUAAGCUUGGUGUCAGUGUGAAAGAUAAGACAGUAAAAGACAGAGGGAAAGGCUCACUGUCAAAUCGAGACAACUUGAAAGUAGAUGCUAAAGAGUUAAGACUCCAACUGGGUAGCACAAGUCUGUUGCAGCCCUCCGAGAGGGAUUAUGUUAAAAGCAAAACUGAGGUAAGGCCCUCAGACAACCCGUUAAAUGCAGAGGUUCUAGCCCUAAAAGCUCAAGUAGAACAAUUACAGAAACAAUUGUCUGUGCUUAGUGUAGGGGCGAGUAGUCCGAAUACUCAAGAGUUCCUGGUGAGCCGUGGUUCCGUUGCUCCAAUAAGAUCAGCAGGUAAAAGCAGUGACGGCUUUUUCUGUUACAAUUGUGGAGGAGAUGGCCAUAUUGCCAGCAAAUGUGAACAUGCUGCAAAUUCUGGUUUAGUCAUUCAGAAACUGCUACAAUUACUCCGCAAAUCUAAAGAGAAAAAACCCGCUUCAGGACAAAGAGAUACAGAUGUAGGGAGGAGUGAUUGUUUCUCCAAGAAAAGCCUAAUUGAGGUUCCUGAGCCUAGUUUUGUACCGGCUGGUCUAGUAGGGCCAUCAUCCACCGUCGAGGUCAAGGUUAAUGGUCAGCCUUGUUUAGCUUUGUUAGACAGUGGGUCACAGGUGACCAUUGUCUUUGAGAAGUGGUAUUUACGUCAUCUACCCCAAGUACCCUUAAAUCACUUUGAUGGGUUAGCUAUCUGGGGUUUGAGUUCCUCUAGCUAUCCUUACCGAGGGUAUAUUGUGGUAGACAUGGAAUUCCCACAGGCUCUGAUGGGUUCAUCUGAGAUAAUUUCAGUACUUGCAUUGGUGUGUCCGGAUCCAGUUGGUCCUGAACAAACGCCAGUGAUUGUGGGGACCAAUGCCAGUUUUUUCCAAAGAUUAGUUGACAUUGGUACUGGGAGCUUAGGGCCCAAGACCUCUCAUGUUAUGAGGAUACAGUCUCAGUGGAAAACAGAUGGGUUGGUCCCUUCCAGUAAAAUUGCUACUCCUGAAGAAAAGCCUGUGGGUGAGGUGAAGUGGGCAGGUGAUAGUCCUCUUACACUCCCUCCUCAGACUGAGACAUGUGUGGUGGGUCACAUGGACUGUCAGUCUCCUCUGGAGAAAGAUAUUUACCUUGUAGAGGGUCCUGAAGAUGAUGUUCUUCCUGCUGGAGUGUUAGUUCCUCCGGUGGUGGUUCCCUUUUCAGCCAUGGAGGCAAACCAACUCAGAGUCUUGGUACGCAAUGACACUUUUAAGGAAAAGUUUAUACCAAACGGGACGGUGUUAGCCAGAGUUUAUGCUACAGACACUGUGAGAGACGCACGGGAGGUAUCAGAGAACCAUCAAAUACUUGAUCCAGAAUUGUUUGAUUUUGGUGACUCACCUGUGCCUCAGACAUGGAAAGAUCGACUCAAACAGAAAUUAUCAGAAAGAGUGAAUGUGUUUUCCCUAUCUGAUAUUGAUGUGGGGUUAGCGCAAGGAGUUAAACACCAUAUUCGGCUGAGGGAUGACACCCCUUUCCGUGAGCGGUCCCGGCGUAUCGCCCCUGCGGAUGUUGAAGACGUUCGUCGGCACUUAAAAAAUUUGAUGACCGCCGGAAUUAUUAAAGAGUCGCGGAGCCCAUAUGCAUCCCCCAUCGUCAUUGCUCGGAAGAAGAAUGGCGAUGUGAGAAUGUGUGUGGACUACCGCACUUUAAAUAGUCGCACCAUACCCGACCAGUAUACCACCCCCAGGAUAGAUGACGCGUUGGACUGCCUAGCUGGUAGCCAAUGGUUUUCUGUCCUGGACCUCCGGAGCGGAUAUUAUCAGAUAGAGAUGGCCGAGGAGGAUAAAGAGAAAAACCGCAUUCAUCUGCCCUUUGGGGUUUUUCCAAUUUGA